AUGGCCGACUCUACCGUGGGCGAAUCCGAUCCUCGGUCCUCCUCCAGGACCCGUGCGAGCAACGGCGGCAGUCCGGUCUUGGCCACCACCGGCGAUCCACACCACCACCAUCGCACACCCUCACUGGGAGAAUUGCAUCAGGAGCUCGAGCAGGAACAAGAAGCUCAAGUGAACCGACUCCUACAGUUGAUUCGGUCCCAGCAGACCCAACUCCAGCAGCUUCAGCAACAACAGCAGUCCUCUGGAACCGCUAUUGUCGACGAGACUACCCCACAUUCCGAUUCUACGCCAUUCCCACCAAUCCCGCCACUCCCCACGGCAAGUGGCCGAACUUCCACCCAAUUAGUAUCCCCCUCGUUCUCCAGUCGUCGGCAGUCUCGGCCAUCUAGUCAGGCCGCCUCCCCUAGUCUCCGACCGCAAUCUUCCCUGCACCAUCUGCGCGGACCCCCGGAAGGACUGGAGUCACUUGCGGGCACCAGUGACAACGCCGCGUCUCGGAGUAACAGCAGAGAUGAGUGUGCUUUCUAUCAGGCAGAAGCAGCCAUGCUUUCUCGAGAAAAUCAGAUGUUGCGUCAGCGAAUCAGGGAUUUAGAGCGACAAGUUGCAUCCCAAACCCAGCCCGACUCUUCGGUCGACAAGACUUGA